UUGAGUCACAUGGGGCUGGUAAUUUGAGUUGCUUUGCAGUUCAACGGGCAAAGAGCAAAGGAAGAAAAAACUCAGCGGAAGCUACAGUAACACCAGUGAGACAUGGCAAAGUGGCAGGAAAUGUCCAAGGAGGAGCUGGAAACUCAAUAUUCCCCUAGUAGGUGGUCUCCACGGAUGACUGAGGAUGCUAUUAUUGAGGCUCACGAACAGGUCAUAAGUGAAGGUACCCAGGCUGCCCAGGCUGCCGUCCAGACUCUACUGAAUGUUCCCUAUGGGUUGGAUGAAGGAGAGAAACUUGAUGUAUAUCUUCCUAAAGUGCACUCUGAAACCUUUCCCCUGGUCCUCUAUUUUCAUGGUGGCUACUGGCAAGCCCUCAGUAAGAAUGUUUCAGGCUUUGCUGCAUUGCCCCUGGUGACACAUGGCAUUGCCUUGGCUGUAGUUGAUUACACUAUCGCCCCCAAAGGCCAGAUGGAUAUGAUGGUCAGGCAGGUGAGACAAAGUGUGGCCUUUGCAGUUCAGCAGUACACAGGGAUCAGUGGGGUUUAUCUACUUGGACACUCAGCGGGGGCCCACCUGGCAGCCAUGGUGCUCUCGACAGAUUGGACUGAAUAUGGUGUUGUGCCAAACAUAAAAGGAGUCUUUUUGGUGAGUGGCAUCUAUGACCUGGAACCCAUCAUACACACCUACGUCAAUGAUGUAUUGCACAUGAUUCGGGAAGUAGCUCUGAAGAAUAGCCCUCUACAAUGUGUGCCUAUGUUGGGAGACAAAAAAACUUGUCAACUACUCAUCGUCAUAGCUCAACAUGACUCACCUGAAUUCCGAAGGCAGUCCUUGGAGUAUUUUGAGGCUCUCCGAGCAGCUGGCUGGAAUUCCUUUCUGUUGGACAUCGGAGAAAAAGAUCAUUUCGAUGUAGUGGAGAAGCUUUCCCAGGAGGAUUACCUUCUUACACAGGUGAUCUUGAGCAUGAUUUCCAGAAGCUAACAAGAUGGAAAGGGAUGGAAAGUCUUCACCCAUGUGUAUGCCUUCCACUGAUCAUGCCAUCUUUCUAUUGUGCUCUUUAUAUGUUAAAGUGUGAAUGAGCUUCCUUGCCACUCUCCUUUUCCAAAUGCCUUUUGAUUCUACACAGCAAUCUACUUGGACAAGGCAGUUGUGGUGAAAUGGGACUCUGAAGCCCAUUAUACUGAUAUGUGUUUAGAGGGAAUUAUUUGUGAAGAGAAUACAACUCAAUUCCUGACACAAAGACAGUUUCCAUCUGUUCCUGCAAUAAGCUCCUUUUCUCAGAAUGCAUUGAGAACAUUAAAUAAAACUAGGACAUAAAUUGCAA